AUGUCCCGUACACAGACCACAGAUACCUCUAGCACGGCGGGCCUGGAUCCGUAUGGAACAGGUACGCCGGCGAGAACUUACUCGGAGAGUGUUUAUGAUGACAACGGGCCAAGUGGCUAUGAUGCUACUAGAUCCGAGCAACAUGCUGAUUUCUCACGAAGAAGACUAUCGUCUUUUCAUUCAGAAAGAGAUCAUGAAUUCCCACAAGAUGAAGAUUUUGUCAACGUUAGUCAACAACAAGGCAAACAGACUGUGGGUUUUGCCAACGGGACAACCCGUCAACCAUCUCGAGUAAAGAGAAUUGCAUCUGGCAUACGACACAACCCCAGCAUCUUGGCAAGAAAAGUCAGUAAGAGAAUUCCUGGAAUGGACAGGUUUUUGGGAUUGACUGAAGAAGAAGUAUCAAAGCUCGAGAGAACCCUUUACUUUAACCAACCGGUUCCCGCAGAGGAGAUAAAUCCAGAAACUGGCUUCCCUAUAACAGAGUACCCAAGAAACAAAAUCCGCACAACUAAAUAUACCCCACUCAACUUCGUGCCCAAAAAUUUGUUUUAUCAGUUUCAUAAUAUUGCAAACAUAUACUUUCUUUUCAUUGUCAUUUUGUCGGCAUUUUCAAUUUUCGGUGUGGUGAACCCUGGUCUAUCAGCAGUACCAAUUAUUGCUAUUGUCAUCAUCACUGCUAUCAAGGAUGCUAUUGAAGAUUAUAGACGAGCAGUGCUCGAUUCUGAGCUCAAUAAUACUGUUUCAUGUUCUUUGUCCAAUUUUGCCAACCCAAAUGUAGCUGAUGAUAAUAUUUCAGGAUGGAGAAGAUUUAAAAAGGCUAGUACUAGAGCUUUUAAGCGUACAUGGACUGGUACCAAGCGUCUGUUUGCUAGUAAGAAGAAACAGAAAGAGGAUCCGGCGAAGUAUGGCCAUCGUAGAGAUGACUCGGAUCUCCAUACUCUGCAUACAAUUCCCACAAAUGCCACAGGACAGAGCGUCGUUUCCUCUGUGUAUGGUGCUGGCGUGCCUGGAAGUGAGAUCCCCUCGGCCAGAGAUGUUAGAGAGACCACUCCUGGUAGCAUGGGUUUUGCACGAGACACAAAUGUCAUUGAUGAGUCUAAGGAUGCUUUAGGUGAUGCCAAGUUUAAGCGCAAUUACUGGAAGAAUAUCAAGUGUGGUGAUAUAAUCAAGGUGUUUAACGAUGAAGAAGUGCCAGCUGAUGUUGUCGUUCUCAGCACUUCGGAUGCCGACGGUGCUUGUUAUAUUGAAACAAGAAACCUCGAUGGUGAGACAAACUUGAAAUCUCGUCAGUCUUUAAAAGCAACCGAAAAAAUUCGUAGAGCCAGGGAUCUAGAAAGAUCGAGUUUCAAGAUCCAGUGUGAAAGACCCAAUCCAGCACUUUACACGUUCAAUGGUGUUCUUAAAUACAACUCACCACAAGAUCACUCCAGAGAAGAAGCUGAGCCUGUUUCAAUCAACAACCUUUUGCUCCGUGGAAGUUCUCUAAGAAAUACUAAAUGGGCUAUUGGUAUUGUUGUUUAUACUGGUAUUGAAACUAAAAUCAUGCUCAACUCCGGUGCUACUCCUGCUAAGCGAAGUAGAAUGAUUCGCGAACUUAAUAUCAAUGUAGUGAUCAAUUUCGUUUUCCUGUUUAUCCUCGCCUUAGUAGCUGGUAUUGUUGAAGGUGUUUAUUUCCAUAAGAACAAUAGUUCGGCUACCUUCUUCGAGUUUGGCUCCAUUGGUGGUUCAGCACCUGUAGAUGGUCUUGUCACAUUUUGGGCUGCUGUUAUUCUGUUGCAAAACUUAAUUCCUAUUUCCUUGUACAUCUCGAUCGAAAUUAUCAAGACUAUUCAGGCUUUCUUCAUAUACAGUGAUAUCGAAAUGUACUACGAGCCGAUAGACUACCCCUGUGUGCCCAAAUCAUGGUCGAUCUCUGAUGAUGUGGGUCAGGUAGAGUACAUCUUCUCUGACAAAACAGGUACAUUGACACAGAAUGUAAUGGAGUUCAGAAAGUGUACAAUUAAUGGCAAAACAUAUGGAAAUGCAUUUACAGAAGCCAUGAUCGGAAUGAUGAAGAGAUCAGGAAAUGAUUCUGAAAAGUACGUCGAGGAGCAAAAGGAGAAAAUUACUCUUGCAAAGGAGGAUAUGUUGCGAAAGCUGCGGAGUAGCUAUGAAAAUCCAUAUCUUUAUGACGAUGAUAUGCCUUUUGUAUCACCAGAUAUUGUCGAUGACAUUGGUGGUGCUUCAGGUGAAGAGCAGCAAAGCUCGAAUAACAACUUCUUCCUUGCGCUUGCGUUAUGUCAUGGAGCUAUCCCCGAAUUUGUUGGUGAAGGUAAAGAGAAAAUCAUUUUCAAGGCUCAGUCUCCUGAUGAUGCUGCACUAGUUGCCACCGCAAAAGAUCUUGGUUUCACUCUGGUAGAGAGAACUAGAACAGGUGUUAUUCUUGAUAUCAAUGGUGUUCGGAAAGAGUAUGAGGUUUUGAUUGAAUUGGAAUUUAGCUCGGCAAGAAAGAGGAUGAGUGUUAUUGUCAGAGACCCAGAAUCAGAGAAGCUCUUACUUAUCACCAAAGGUGCUGAUAGUGUUAUUUACUCACGUCUUGUCCCAGGUGCCCAACAAGAGCUGAAAGAAGCCACUGCUCAACAGCUUGAGGAGUUUGCAAAUGAAGGUCUCCGUACUCUUUGUCUUGCCCAAAGAGAGCUGAGUGUGUCCGAUUAUGAGAGAUGGAGAAAGCGAUAUGACAGUGCUGCCUCUGCUCUUCAAGACAGAGAAGAAAAGAUCGAAGAAGCGGCCGACGAAAUCGAACGUAAUUUAACCCUUAUUGGUGGUACUGCCAUUGAAGAUCGUUUGCAGGAUGGUGUGCCUGAUGCUAUUGCUUUAUUAGGUAGGGCUGGUAUAAAAUUGUGGGUUUUGACUGGUGACAAAGUGGAAACUGCGAUCAAUAUUGGUUAUUCCUGUAGUUUGCUGGAAAACAAUAUGGAGCUGCUGGUACUUCAGGCAGGAAGUGGAACUACCCAAGAAGUUGGUGACAUGAUUUCAAAGCAUUUGCAAGAAAAGUUCAACUUGACAGGGUCUAGUGAAGAAAUUGUUGCUGCAAAGAAGGAUCACAGUCCUCCGGGUCCGAAAUAUGCCACCGUUAUUGAUGGCGAUACUUUAGCUUUGGUUCUUCUUGAUCCUGAAAUCUGUACUAAGUUCGUUCUUCUUUGCAAGCAAUGUAGGUCGGUUCUAUGUUGCCGUGUUUCACCAGCUCAAAAGGCUGCAGUUGUUCGUAUGGUUAAAACUACACUGGAUGUUACUACCUUGUCCGUUGGAGAUGGUGCUAAUGACGUUGCUAUGAUUCAGGAAGCUGACGUUGGUGUAGGUAUUGCUGGUGUCGAAGGCAGACAAGCAGUCAUGUCGUCAGAUUAUGCUAUUGGUCAGUUCCGAUUCUUGUGCCGAUUGGUACUGGUUCAUGGUCGAUGGUCCUACAAUAGAUUAGCAGAAAUGACAGCCAAUCUUUUCUAUAAGAACGUCGUGUUCACGCUAACAUUGUUCUGGUAUGAUGUACACAACAGUUUUGACGGUUCAUAUUUGUUUGAUUAUACGUAUAUCACCUUGUUCAAUCUGGCAUUCACUUCGUUGCCAGUCAUUUUCAUGGGAUUUUCUGAUCAGGAUGUUUCGGACAAGGUUGUACUAGCGGUACCACAACUUUACAGAAGAGGUAUCCUUCGACUGCAGUGGACAAACAAAAAGUUCUGGAUUUACAUGGUGGAUGGCGUGUAUCAAUCUGCAGUGUGCUAUUUCUUGUCCUUUUCUGUGUUCUAUAAUGGUGGUUUUGUCACAAUGAGUGGCAGACAAAUCAAUUAUCGUGAGGCUUACGGUGUGUUCACUGCUACUGCUGCCAUUGCUGCCUGUAAUCUGUACGUGAUGAUGAAUCAAUACAGAUGGGAUUGGUUGUUUUCACUCAUUGUCUUCAUCAGUAUUGGUCUCGUAUUUUUCUGGACUGGUAUUUAUACUCAAUUCUUGAGUUCAGCAGGCUUCUACAAGGCUGCUGGUCAAGUUUAUGGCUCACUACCAUUUUGGGCGAAUACACUGCUUGUUCUCGUAAUUUGCCUGUUACCACGAUUUACUUGCAAGGCUUAUCAGAAACUAUGGAUGCCUUACGAUGUCGAUAUUAUCCGUGAACAAGUCAAACAACAUAAGUUUGACUAUUUGUACGAUAAUUCAGCACCCACCUAUGAUGGAAGUGCAAGCACCAAUGUGUCAGAUACAAGCUCUGAGAAAAAGACGACAGCUGUGGAGGAUGAGAGACAUCCAGUUGCAUCUGAGCGAAUGCGUAUGUCACUCGAUAUUCCCGAGAUGACCACUGCUCGAUCCUUAAUGUCUACCACACAAAUAGGAAAUUAA